UGUUUUGCAAGGGGAGGGCUGUUUCCCCAUCACUCCGUUUCUUUACAAACUUAUUGAAGUUUGUUUUCUUGUUUAAGAAGUGAUGUCCUACUGAAUGGAAAACAAAUCAUGAGGAGCAGUUUUGUCAUGCCAUGUGCAUCACAGACUCGGUUCCUUUUGCUCUAUGGAUCACAAAGAGGACAAGCCAAAGCAAUAGCAGAAGAAAUUGCUGUGAAAGCAAGUGAUCAUGGUUUUGCUGCUGAAGUAUCUUGUUUGAGUGAGGAAGAAAAGUAUAAUUUAGAAAGAGAGAGGUCACCAGUUGUUAUAGUGGUGUCUACUACUGGGGAUGGAGAGCCACCUGAUACUGCCAUUAAUUUUGUGAAGAAGAUAAAAACAAAGACAUUGUGUAGUGUUCAUUUUGCACACUUACACUAUGCCCUUUUAGGACUAGGAGAUUCAAAUUACAGUAACUUCUGCAACUGUGGAAAAACCAUUGACAAGCGUCUUGGAGAACUGGGUGCACAACAGUUUUAUGCAUCAGGCUAUGCAGAUGAUGGUGUGGGCUUGGAAUUAGUAGUUGAACCCUGGAUUGAAGGACUUUGGGAUGCAUUGAGGAAAUUUGUAACUUCAGCCAUGUCUACUAGUCAGAAGGACACAAAUAAUCAUGUUGGUGACCAUAAUGCAAAAAAUGAGAUGAGAACUAUUGAAAGUGCAGUAACAGAUUUGAAUCUGCACCUCUUAAGCUUAGAUGAGUCCAGCAGCAAGGAUGAAUCUGGUGGGAGUUGCAACAUAGUGGCUGAAGGAGAAGUAUUGGAGGCAUCUCUCACCAGAUCAGUGUCACCUUUAUCUGAAUCAUCACUCAAUGUUCCUGCUUUGCCAGCCCCCUUUUUGGAUGUUGAAUUGCUGAAUGAAUUACAACAGGAUCCCACUCUUUUAAAACCUCCUGAAACUGCUCAUCAAGUUGUCAUUACAAGUGCAAAGCAACUCACAAGAGAGGAUGCAGUGAAAACCACCCUGCUACUGGAAAUGGAUAUAUCUGAAACACCGCUUGUAUAUGAGCCUGGUGAUUCUUUUGACCUAUUGUGUCCUAACAACAACAGUGAAGUGGAAGAGUUGCUUUUGAGAUUGGGGAUUUUGGAAAAAAAACACCAUAUUGUUAAACUGCAAGUUAAACCAGACACAAAAAGGAAAGUUUCUCGGCUACCAUUAUACAUACCUGAACAUAGCUCCCUUCAGUAUAUUUUCAUGUGGUGUUUGGAAAUAAGGGCUAUCCCUAAGAAGGCCUUUUUGCGAAGCUUGGUUGAAUAUACCACCAAUGAACAUGAAAAGCGACGACUUCAAGAGCUGUGCAGCAAGCAGGGUUUUGCAGAUUAUAACCACUUCAUCAGAAACCCGAGCCUGUCAAUUCUUGAUCUACUCUGUGCAUUUCCAUCUUGUAUGCCAACUCUCAGUGUAAUCCUAGAACAUUUGCCUAAAUUGCAACCAAGGUCAUAUUCUGCUGCCAGUUCAAUUUACUCUAACCCCGGAAGAGUUCAUAUUGUAUUUAACAUAGUGGAAUUUCCACCUUGUCCUGAGCGUCCUGCUCUAAGAAAAGGAGUGUGCACUGGUUGGCUGUCUAAUUUGGUAUUGCCAAUUCUUCAGCACAGUGGAGGACAGAUGAUGUUGCCUGAAAUACAGGAUGCUAGCAAUGUACUUCCCAAGGUGUACAUUUGCAGUAGACCAAGCUCAGCUUUUCAUUUACCUUCAGAUACAGCAGCACCCAUAAUUAUGGUGGGCCCAGGAACAGGCAUUUCCCCUUUCAUUGGCUUCCUUCAACAUAGAAAGAAGCAAAGGGAGGAACAUCCGGACGUUAGUUUUGGUGAGACCUGGCUCUUUUUCGGUUGUCGGCACAAGGACAGGGACUUUAUUUUCAGGGAUGAGUUGGGUCGUUUCCAAGCAGAAGGUACUUUAACACACCUGAGAGUCAGUUUCUCCCGAGACCAGGAUGAUAGUACAGAAGAAGUAAAGCCCAAGUAUGUGCAGGAUAAUCUCCGCUUAAAUGCUCAAGAUGUAGUUAGAGUUUUGUUCAAGGAAAAUGGAUACAUCUAUAUUUGUGGAGAUGCAAAGAACAUGGCUAAAAAUGUGCAUGAAGAACUGAUUGACAUCUUCAGCAGAGAACUGCAGAUUGACAAAUUAGAAGCCAUGAAAGUAAUAGCAGAUUUACGGGAGAAGAAACGUUACUUGCAAGAUAUCUGGUCCUAACAAAGAUGUUCAGAUGAGAGCCGAGCCGAAUACAAAUAAAAAAAGACAAGAUUUCUUUUUUUUUGCCUAUUUAAUUGAACAUGUAGGGUGUGUGGUUUUAUAUGACUUACUCGGUUCAUUUUAAAUUGAUAAAGGAAAUUCACAGACACUUUAUUAUUUUAUAUUUAGACAAUGCCAAGAUAACUGUUAGGAUGAUUAGAAUUGACUGAAAAUAUUGUAUGCAAAUAGUAUUACUGGUUUUUAAUAAAAUAUGCAAACAAUGAA